CUAACCGUAAAGUUAGCGUCAUUUCUUUAGUGAGAUUCUGUGACUUUUUAUUUAGUUUAGUUUGGCUGGAGCAUGGUAUGCGAUGCUUUGCAGUAUGCAGGUGUAAUAGAACUGACAAGACAACAAGUGCCAGUGGUGAGUGGUUAACUUCGCAGUGUUAGCGAAUGGGACGCCAUAAUCCGCUUUGUAGUUGUUUUCAUUAAUUAUCACACUUUUCCGAAUAUGAGUGAUUAUACCGCCGUUGCACCGCCUCAACAAUCGUUUAAUCAGUCUUCGGCAUUUGCAGCUGCAGUCCAACGUGCAAAACAGAUUGCUGCCAAAAUUAACCCAGGAAGCGCUCCAACGGACCGACCAAAACGGCCUUUGGAAGAUGGUUUAGAGCCGGAACCAAAGAAGUUACCGUCCGUAGUUGCUUCCAGUCCGCCAGUUCCGCCGCAACCGCAAGUACCCAUACAGGUACCAAAUCGUCUACCGCCACCACAGAAUCAACCGAAUAUACCAAGUGGACCGCCUAAUUUAGGUGUUCCGCCCGGAAUGGGUGGCCCCUCUGGUCCUCAAUUCAAUGAAGAUAUCAAAGUUCCAGACAAAAUGGUUGGAUUAAUUAUUGGUCGUGGCGGAGAACAAAUCACAAGGCUACAAUCGGAAUCUGGAUGUAAAAUUCAAAUGGCGCCCGACUCUGGGGGUCUUCCGGAGAGAAUAUGUUCAUUGUCCGGUAAUCGAGAAGCCAUCAACCAUGCAAAAGAGCUUAUCAUGAACAUCGUUCAGCAGAGGGGUCGCACUGAAGGACUAGGCGGAAUGGAUCUAGGAAAUCUUCAAAUGCCCCCCCAAAACAGUUAUUCUGGUCAAGGGAUGAAUAACUCCAAUCAAAAUUCAAGUGGUCCUAGGAAUUUUGUCGAAAUCAUGAUUCCUGGACCUAAAGUCGGUUUAAUCAUUGGCAAGGGCGGGGAAACGAUUAAACAGUUGCAGGAAAAGAGCGGCGCAAAAAUGAUCAUAAUACAGGAUGGUCCCAACCCGGAACUUGAGAAGCCACUUCGUAUUAACGGCGAUCCAAGUAAAGUCGAGUACGCAAAGCAGCUUGUUUACGAAUUGAUAGCCGAAAAGGAAAUGCAGGCGUAUAAUCGGAGAGGUGGAGGUGGAGGUGGUGGUGGAGGCGGCGGCGGAGGUAACAACCGAAAUCAGGAUGAUCGACAACAGUACAACGAUUAUGGAAAUAAUGAAGUUGAAGUGUUAGUUCCACGGGCCGCUGUGGGUGUGGUCAUCGGAAAGGGUGGUGACAUGAUCAAAAAAAUUCAGGCCGAGACUGGGGCCAGAGUACAAUUUCAACAAGCGAAAGAAGAAGGUCCCGGUGAACGCCGUUGCUAUCUUUCUGGUAGACCACAGAAUGUUGAGCAGGCCCGUCAACGGAUUGAAGAAUUAAUUGACAGUGUAUGUAGACGCGAAGAAGGUGGGAAUCGUGGGAGAGGACGAGACAGAUUUGAUAAUCGUGGUAACCGCAAUGGAAAUCAAGAAUAUGGAGGAGGGGGCGGCGGUGGAUGGGGCGAAGAGAGGCGCUCUCAACAGCAGCCACCUCAAGAAGUCACUUUUAUUGUGCCCAGCUCAAAAUGUGGCGUUAUAAUAGGAAGAGGGGGCGAAACGAUAAAGCAGAUCAAUCAGCAAUCUGGGGCACAUUGCGAGUUGGAUAGAAGGUCUCAAAACCAACAGGAGAAGACCUUCAUCAUACGAGGCGAUCCGGAUCAAAUUGAGACAGCUAAGCGGAUCAUAAGCGAAAAAGUACAAAUACCCCUGAAUUUCGUUUCUGCAGGAGUGAGUAACAAUCUACCUACUGCGUACCCUGGAAUGGCGCCACAAAAUUAUCCACCACAAAAUUGGGGAGCGCCGGCUUUUCAACAGCAGUGGGGAGUCCAAUCUGUGGGAAACGAAAAUCCUCCGCAAACGUCCACUUCUGUGCAAUUGAAUCCGGUAACUGGUCAACCAGAUUAUUCACUUCAAUGGGCAGAGUAUUAUAGAUCCUUGGGAAUGCUCAGGGAAGCUGAAGUAAUCGAACAGCAGGCAAAAACUAAAGGAGUAACAGCAGCCACAUCUCAACCUGCACCAGCCCCUGUUGUUCCCGCAGUGACUGCAGCCGUUCCUAAUCAAGUUACAUCGAAUUCGAAUGGUUCUCAGCCAGACUACAGUGCCCAGUGGGCCGAGUAUUACAGAAGCUUAGGCAAACAUAAAGAAGCAGAAGCAAUAGAAUCGCAAAUGAAAGCUAAGGCUGCUGGUGCACCACCCUCACAACAAAUGCAAACAGCUCCAUCUGCCGUUCCCAAUGCUACCGGACAGGCUCCACCAGGAAAUGUCUACCAACAAAACUAUGGUGGUUAUCAAGCUGCCGGAGGGUAUUAUGGGGGUCAAACACAAAAUACAAACCCCCCACCUACGAUGCCACAAGGACAAUACACCUUCUCAGGUUACGGUUAUCCACAAUCGAAUAGCGGACAAGACAAUUGAAUAUGAUCAAUGCAUCAUAUGAUUAAUUACAGAUUUUAGCAGAUACCGGAUGUGAAUUGUGAACAGCAUAUGUGGAGUUAAUUCAUGUACUAGUAUUAAGAGUUUUAUUUAAUAGAUUAUUGAAAUCUAAAUAAUAAGUUCUGUAACUAUGGUA